AUGCAAGAUUUUAAUGAUUUUCAGGAGAUUGUGCCAAACUUGUACUUAGGCAAUCAGAUAUCUGCAACAAAAAUUUUAACAAUUAGAAAGAAGAAGAUUCAGCUCAUAAUCUAUGCUAAUGGAGGUAGUGGGGUUAAAGGGUUGAAGAGAAGCAAGAACUACACUAAUAUGUUUUCAAGCGUAGAUACAAAGUCUUUAGAGAUUGAGGAUCAUCCUGAUUUUUGUAUUAAGGAGUUCUUUGAUCCCACAAUUGAAUUAAUAUCAAGCUAUCUUUCCCAAUCCAAACCAGUGUUGAUAGUAUGAACUGCUGGAGUCUCUAGAAGCGCUACUAUUGUGACUGCUUUCAUUAUGAAAACCACCGGAAAAACUUUUGAAGAAGCACUCCAAUUUGUCAAAGAAAAAAGAAGAUUUAUUAACCCUAAUGCUGGCUUCGUAAAGCAGCUUCAAGAAUACGAAAAAGAGCUUUUAAAACAAAGAUGAGAACUAUGUGCUCUUGAGAAAACCACAAUUUGGUAUACAAAGUAUGACACAAUGAACUUUAAAUUUUUGUUGUGAGAUCAAUGAGAUGAACCCAUCUGAGUUGCUAAAAAUCAUGACCUGAAACUUUCCGAUUCUCAAGUUUCAAAUGAAUUUGAGAAAGCAAUCAAAAAUUUUGCAAAAGAUUUUUAUCUAAGCGAGGACUGGAAUUUAGAUACAAAGCAAAGGACUAUAAAGGAUCAUUUUCAUUGCCAUAUUAGAAAACCGAGAGUUUUAAAACCUCCGAAAAAUAGCACUAAGGAUGUUAAGGUAUUAAAUGGAUCUAAAUAAAUCGGUAGAUCAACAAAGAGUUCACAAAUAGUUCUCUCGCUUUGAAGAAUUAUAAAAUUUAUUCAGAAUAUGGAGAUAAGACUAAAUCGAACAUAAAUUUAGAGCUUAGUCUUGUAAAGCCGAAAUCCUUAAUAUAUACUGCAAAGAUCAAUGACACUAAAUCACCUUCAACAAUGAGAGUUGUUUUUGAGUUUGAACUGAAUAAAAAUAACAAACCAGUAAAUUUCUUAAACUUAAAGGGCGACGCAACUGAGAUGACAGAUUUAAAGAAUCUGAUAUCUAAAAUUUAG